AUGGUCAACUUCCUGCCAAAGGUGGAGGUGAAGACUCGGUCCCAGAGAAACCUGCUGAACCACAUCAAGCAGCUGCACACUUCCUCUGAUAAAACCCUGAGUGAGGCUGACUUCUCUCCUCUGAGCUACACAGUCCAGACCAGACCACCAGCUCCCUCUGGAGGCCGUGGUAGAAACCUGCAGACUGGACUCAGAAAGCCUCUGGUGGAGAAGAUCAGCAGAGAGAGAAUCAACAGCAGUAUUGAACAGCUCAAGUCUCUUCCAGGUCCUGAGCCCCUCAAACAGCAGCCAGACUCCAAACUGGAGAAGCCAGACGUCCUGGAGAUGACCGUUUGCUACCUGAGAAGACUGCAGCAGCAGCAUCAAACCGCAGAAUCAGUUCUUGAACAGAGCUAUUCCAGGUGUGCCCAAGAGAUGGUCAACUUCCUGUCAAAGGUGGAGGUGAAGACUCAGUCCCAGAGAAACCUGCUGAACCACAUCAAGCAGCUGCACACUUCCUCUGAUAAAACCCUGAGUGAGGCUGACUUCUCUCCUCUGAGCUACACAGUCCAGACCAGCAUCACCAAAGACAACACACUCACCAGCUCCCUCUGGAGGCCGUGGUAGAAACCUGCAGUCUUCAGUCAGCCUUACUAACUUCAAUGAUCAUAUUGGUCAAAGAAUUCA